GACAGCAGCCACAGCGACAGUCACUCAGGUGUUAUGGAUGGACAAAUCAUUCACACGUGCAUGGCACUAUUCCAGCGCGAUUUUGUAUUUUCACCAUAAAAAACAAACAAAGAAACAACAACAAAGAAACAACAACAACCUGCAUUCAUUCACAAAAAAGUGACUGAAUUUACUCUGUGAUGGAUCGACUGGAUGAAUGGAGCUUCAAGUCCAAGAGAAUGGACCUGGAGGAGGAUUUCUACUUCGACUACGGAACGGAGGAAAUAACAGAUUAUCAAGACCCCAAUGAACUUGUGGCUGCUUUGAAACAAAAGGAGGAAGAGGUUAUUUUGGCAGCCCAGCUGGGAAACGCAUUGCUCCUGGAAAACCGUCAGCUCAAAGAGCAGAGCGAAAAACUUCAUGAACAGUACGCAGACAAGCUGGAGGAGUUGGAGCAAGGCAGGCAUGAGCUGCGGCUGAAGCUGGAGGGCUGCCAGUCCCAGUGGGAGAGCCAGGUGGGGGACCUGGAGAGGGAUGCGAGAGACCUGAGCAGCCAGGUGGAGCGCCUCUCGCAGGCGCUCAGUAUGGCCGAGAGGGACAAGAGUCGAGCCCAGCUGGAGCACAGUGAGCAAACACAGCGACUCAGGGAGGAGCUCAAUACAGCAAUGGAGGUGGAGAGGGCCAUGUCCAGUGAGCUGCAGGCUCUAAAACAGGAGCUCCAACAAAAAGGAAGCCACAACAGGCCACAGGAUGAGGAGCUGAUCAGUGCCAUGAGGGAGCAGGUGUUGCGUCUCACCCAGAGGGAACAGGUGCUUGAGGAGCGUUUGGAGAGUGUGUGUCAAGAAAACACUGAGCUGAGGGCAACUUUGGCCUCUUUACACACACGGCUGGCUCUGCAUGACCAACUCAAACAGCAGCACAGCCAACAGUUAGCAGAGGCGUGGCAGGAGGUGGAGGUGGCUCGAGGUCGCUCACAACAGCUGCAGGCCCAGGUGGAGGACCUUCAGGAGGAGGUGUCCCUGCAGGAAGCCAAGAGUCACGGAGAUGCCUCCCUGCUGUCUGAACUGGAGAGCAGCCUGGAGACGGCAGGCCUGGGAGUAAGCAAGGAAGAGAUAACGCAAGAAAUGGGGUCCAUCCUUCAGUUACUGCUUCCAUUGACUCAGGACCUGAACAGCUCAGAGGUCCUGGAUCAACAAGAGGACCUGCAGGCCAUGCUACACCGGCUAAAGGGAGUAGCCAAAACCCUGGCACAGGGAUCCAGCCCUCAGGAGCUGAAUCUGGCUUUUGUCGACAGGACGGGUGAGCAGUGUGGGAAUACGAGUGCAGCGGAGGAGCUGAGAGAUCAGAACGUCCAGCUGCAGCAGGAAAAUGCUGAGCUGAGACAGAAACUGCAGAGUGUACAGGAACAAGCUGAGGUCGCCCAACAGGCCAUCAGAGACCGAGAUGAAGCCAUAGCCAAGAAAAACCUGAUGGAGGUGGAGUUGGUGAGAAGUAAAAAUGAUAUGAUGUGUCUGAACAACCAGUUAUUAGAAGCCAUCCAACGCAAACUGGAACUGUCACAGGAGCUGGAGGCCUGGCAGGACGACAUCCAGAUCAUCAUCAACCAGCAGCUCAGGUCCCAGCAGCAGUUGGAGCAGCCUCAGAAGAAGCCCACCUCCAACAGCAUGUCAUUCUUCCGCAGGCCCAGCAGGACAACCGCCACUUGGACACAUCAGCCUUCCUCCUCAUCCUCAACUUGGAGUUCAGACACUAAUCAGGACAAAUCCCAGUCCCCCUGGAGGGACUGGUUAAGACGCGGCAAAGGGGUGCAGUAUGGCAAAUAAUGGACACUGAGUGCUACAACUACCUCCUGAGUGCCUAGGAGAGGAUGUACCAGGAGGAAAGGGCAGAGAGAAGUUAUCAGUUAAGCUCUCUGGCAUCAUGUGUGGUGCAAAAGAGCCAUAAAAACACUUUCAAUUCAGUGAUAAACAACGAAGCCACAGACAAAGACUUGUCAAAUAGACACUUCCUGAAACACAUUUCACUGAGAGGCUGAGCCUUCCUAAAGCCUAAACUGUGAACACUUGGAGCACUAACAAUUUCACAGAAUUACAUUCAAAGGUUGGCUUGAGACUGUAAAUAUUGUGCCUUAUUUGUGAUAUUGUGAAUGUCUUUCUGUCUGAAACUUUAUAUGGUAUUCUGUACAUAAUACUGUAGGUGUAGGUUAGUAGAAAGUAUUUGUUUGGAUUAUUUAACUCCACAGAUCAAAGAUAAAAAUAAAUACAGACAUGAAUUAAACAAUCAAACAGUUAAUUUGUAACUGUACUGAGUGUUGUCUUUACAUACCAAGUUGGAUGUGAGAAGUUUGAAGUUGAUUAUAUGAGAAACAUUGUAUGUUCUCAUGUACACUGAGAAAGCUGUUAUUUUUAUAAUUUUUGGUUUUUAAUGAAAAACCAAAUGUGUUCUCUGAAUGAUGACUUGGUGUGGCAUGUGUCUGUAUAUAGACACGUACUGUAUAUGUGUAUAUGCAUGAUCUGUCACUCAGUGUUCAAUAUUGAAGCUGCUUAGUUCAAACUGUAUUGUUUUCUAAACUGUCUGACUGACCACAUCUGGAAUGACUGCCGGGCAAUUUCAUAAAACAACAAAUAAUC